AGAAACACUUGGAAAUGUAAUCUUAGAACUCAGACAUAUUUAUUUAGAAGACAUCUGCAAAGAGGUAGUAGCUAAAAGUAUAUAGUUGGAUCAACUGUCUUUGGGUAAGAGUAUUAACUCAAAAGGAUCAGGGACUCUUGGAAAACGCCUCCCAUACCUAGGGGAGUGAAAAAGAAGCCUGUGAGCAAGGAGGAGGAGAAGGGAGAGAGAGCAUCUAGGCCGCUUGUGGAAGUCAGACCAAAAUAGCAGGAAGGUAUUGCAGCAAGAUGGAUUUGGGAAAGGACCAAUCUCAUUUGAAGCACCAUCAGACACCUGACCCUCAUCAAGAAGAGAACCAUUCUCCAGAAGUCAUUGGAACCUGGAGUUUGAGAAACAGAGAACUACUUAGAAAAAGAAAAGCUGAAGUGCAUGAAAAGGAAACAUCACAGUGGCUAUUUGGAGAACAGAAAAAACGCAAGCAGCAGAGAACAGGAAAAGGAAAUCGAAGAGGCAGAAAGAGACAACAAAACACAGAACUGAAGGUGGAGCCUCAGCCACAGAUAGAAAAGGAAAUAGUGGAGAAAGCACUGGCACCAAUAGAGAAAAAAACUGAGCCACCUGGGAGCAUAACCAAAGUAUUUCCUUCAGUAGCCUCCCCGCAAAAAGUUGUGCCUGAGGAACACUUUUCUGAAAUAUGUCAAGAAAGUAACAUAUAUCAGGAGAAUUUUUCUGAGUACCAAGAAAUAGCAGUACAAAACCAUUCUUCUGAAACAUGCCAACAUGUGGCUGAACCUGAAGACCUCUCUCCUAAAAUGUACCAAGAAAUAUCUGUACUUCAAGACAAUUCUUCCAAAAUAUGCCAAGACAUGAAGGAACCUGAAGACAACUCUCCUAACACAUGCCAAGUAAUAUCUGUAAUUCAAGACCAUCCUUUCAAAAUGUACCAAGAUAUGGCUAAACGAGAAGAUCUGGCUCCUAAAAUGUGCCAAGAAGCUGCUGUACCCAAAAUCCUUCCUUGUCCAACAUCUGAAGACACAGCUGAUCUGGCAGGAUGCUCUCUUCAAGCAUAUCCAAAACCAGAUGUGCCUAAAGGCUAUAUUCUUGACACAGACCAAAAUCCAGCAGAACCAGAGGAAUACAAUGAAACAGAUCAAGGAAUAGCUGAGACAGAAGGCCUUUUUCCUAAAAUACAAGAAAUAGCUGAGCCUAAAGACCUUUCUACAAAAACACACCAAGAAUCAGCUGAACCUAAAUACCUUCCUCAUAAAACAUGUAACAAAAUUAUUGUGUCUAAAGCCCCCUCUCAUAAAACAAUCCAAGAAACACCUCAUUCUGAAGACUAUUCAAUUGAAAUAAACCAAGAAACACCUGGGUCUGAAAACUAUUCACCUGAAACGUAUCAAGAAAUACCUGGGCUUGAAGAAUAUUCACCUGAAAUAUACCAAGAAACAUCCCAGCUUGAAGAAUAUUCACCUGAAAUAUACCAAGAAACACCGGGGCCUGAAGACCUCUCUACUGAGACAUAUAAAAAUAAGGAUGUGCCUAAAGAAUGCUUUCCAGAACCACACCAAGAAACAGGUGGGCCCCAAGGCCAGGAUCCUAAAGCACACCAGGAAGAUGCUAAAGAUGUUUAUACUUUUCCUCAAGAAAUGAAAGAAAAACCCAAAGAAGAGCCAGGAAUACCAGCAAUUCUGAAUGAGAGUCAUCUAGAAAAUGAUGUCUAUAGUUAUGUUUUGUUUUAACAAUGCUCAACCAUAAAGUUGUGGUCCAAUGGAACAUA